ACACCACGCUUCAACCUUGACAUCUGCCCAAGGCGCCUGUAUCCCCUCAUUCCACCAAAGAAUUAUGGCGCCAUUUACGACAACGUCAUGUUCCGCAGCUCUUUUCCCCAGCGCGAGAACAUCGAAUUUCUAGGCUCACUCAAACUGCGCUCCAUCCUCACCCUGACUACUAAGAACGACCCCUGUGAAACAUACUCAGACUUUGUUCGAAAUUCUUCGGUGCGCCAUAAAAUCAUGGAAUUGGAGACGAACAAGGAGGGCGCCAUCAAUAUGAAGCCCGACAAUCUCUGCGAGGCGAUCUUGUUUGCGAUGAACCCAUCACACCGACCAGUGUAUGUGCAUUGCAAUCAAGGCCGCCAUCGGACUGGCUGCUUCGUCGCGUGCCUUCGCAAGAUCGAGGGUUGGCCCAUUGAGGAUGUCUUGGCCGAGUACGACACAUACGCUUCGCCAAAACCACGGGAUGGCGACAUCGCGUUCAUCAAACAGUUUGACCCAAAGGUCAUCUACACCUUCGCAGAGCAAAACCCUCACCUGAAGUGGCGCUCGGACUCAGUGCUUGGCACCUUCGAUCUUCUGGCCAGCAUUCCCAGAAUGGAUAUGGGGCUGCAGGUCGCAGAUGGCUCUGUCGUCAGUGACACAAGCGAUCCAGGUUUGAUGCUAGCUGCACCGCGAACAGUCGACCCGGCGCUCUUGAACGGUACCGCGUCUAUCCUCAAGACACGCGAAUCUGUGAUCGACGAAGACACUGGAUUGUCCGAAACCAUCGCCGAGGUUGAGGUGGUGGAAGACGAUGAGAUGGAGGAUGUUGUUCACAGCACUACGUCAGGUACACUCUCAAUCUCGCAGAUCUCCGCUAAGUCGUAGGACGUAGCAGAAGCGGACAGGGAGAUACGCCGUGCUCAGGCUCGUUAUCUAGGAAUCUCGCCAGAGGGAGACUCGGGCUCUUUAAGACGCGAGUUAGGCAUAUUGCAGAUUGAGACCAGGCUACUGCACUACAGGAGGCUCUGGGCUCUCGAACGAGAAUUCGAAUGCGCGCUGGAGCAAGCGGCUUGGCGAGCAUGGGCGCUAUGAAUUUCUUUUUUGACAAAACUUGCCCGGCGAGGCAUUCAUUGGAUUUAGCGUCGGCGCUGGAGGAACGCUCUGUGAUAGAGCUCUGCUUUUCCAUCCAUGCAUGAACAGAAUCGCCGCCUGUCAUAGCAGAACAGCGUGCGAGAACAGUAAUUAAUACUGCCACACUGCACAACAUCAUCGGCCGAAAGCAUGGCCUGUCGCUCUCG